AUGGGGCUUUCCAAAUAUGCAAUGGAGCCUCCUAAAAUUGAGAUGGGGCCUUCCAAACUUGAAGAGGGGACCCCCAAAAUAGAAGUGGGUCUUGCCAAAGAUGUUGUUCCUGGCCCCAUUUUUACCCCUCCUAUAAAGGGACCCACCAAGAGGGUGCAACGCGGAUCAUCAGAGACUCCUCGAAAACGAGGCAGGAAACAAAUUGGUGCUUCAAAUUCACCUGUGGUCAGUGCUGAAGCUAAUAACUCAAUGUCUGGAUUCGUGACCAAGGAGGAACGUCGCAUUGUUUCAUCUAGUCCUCUGCGUUUUUCCCUUACCCAAGAGAAACCCCAAGGGAUUAAUGCACCCAUAACUUUGGUUAGAGCUUCUGUUGCUCUUGGGACCAACCCUGUUUCCGGGGUUCAAAGGGUUGUCCAGUCGGUUCCAGCCAAUACUUCACUAUACACCACUCUUCCUCAAGAGCAAAGAAAUCUUGUAACACCUAGCCCUGUGGUUAAGAGGGCUUCCAGGAAUAAAGUUGCAGGACCUGUUGAUAAAGAAGCUGCUCCUAAAGCCAAGAAUGCACGUGCCCUUGAGUCACCUAGAGAUGCUUUGCCUAGCCAGCCUCCUAAUCAGGGUGAAAGGAAACAUAUAAGAGUUCAAUCUUCUUCUGAUACUAGAAUUGAGCAGAGGCCAAGCCCAGCUAAACAAUCUGAAUCUCUCAGGCAAGCUAAUAUGGAUAUGAAGCUUAGUACCAGUGCGUCUUCAAUGCCUGAAUGUGAUUCCCAUACAAGUGGCAGUGGAUUAAUACACAAGGAAGCUUCUAAAGUCAAGGGUGUUCAAGAUAAAUCAAUCCCAGCUGAUGGCAAUGCUGUGAGCCUUAUAACCGUAGAGGAAGAGAAGAAAUCUCAAACUGGAUCUUCAUUAGGGACCCAAACCAUUGGUGCUGUCAACACUCCUUCCAGCAUGACUUUGCAGGUUUCCCCUGAUCUAACCUCUGUUGCAGUUGAUGAAAGCCCUGCUUAUGUUGAAUCUGGUGGUCGAAAGGAAUCUCUUGAAGACACUAAAAUGACCCCUGUGGUAAGUGACAAAAGCCUUAUUCGUGUUGCAGCCGGUGCUGGAUACGUAUCAGUUGAAGACACUAAAAAGACUACUGUGAUAAGUGAUAAGAUUCCUCUUAUUGUUGAAGCUGUUGUUGGUAAGGGAAAAGUAGAAGACACUAAAAAAGCCCCUGUGGUAAGUGAAAAAAAUGAUCAUCAUGUUGAACCUGGGGUUGGAAAGGGAACAGUUGAAGACACUAAAAGGAACCCUGUUCUAAGUGUUAAAAGCCAUCAUUUUGAUGAACCUAGGAGUGUAAAGGAACCAGUUGAUGACUCUAAAAAGAGUCACUCCCCACAGAAAGCUCAUUCAUGUACUCAGCAAUCUGUGUCAAUUGUGCUAUCAGUACCAGAGAAGGCUUCUACUGAUCCCAACCGAGAGAAAACAGAGCCCAAAGAAGAAGAUUUCAAGCGUUUUCCAUCACUGGAAAAGGAAUCGACAGUUCCUGUGAGUGCUUCUAUAUCAUCAGAAUUUAAUAUGGUUUCUUCAGAAUCUGUUACCCAGGAAGUUGAAAGGCACAACCUUGAUAUUGACAUCCCUAAACCUGCGAUUCAUGAGCCAGAAGUAGCUGACGUAGUUUCAGGUAAAGAUUCCCAUGCAGUGAAUGUGUCUGAUAAUGCAGCAGUAGCUAUAGAAGCAGCAGAAGAUCUAUCUCCUCAAGUUCCAACAGCCGAACCCAUUCAGACUCAUCCAAACUUGGGAGUUCAAGGUUUGUCAAAUGAGCGAGAAAUCUGUCCUGAUGUACCAGAGGAGGCACUUGAGAUUCCAAAACUUGAUCAAAGUGAAGUACCAGUCCUUACUGAUGCAGCUACCAUGGAGCUGAGAUCUGACCAGGUUGUUGCCAAGCAUGAUGAAGCCCUAGGAGAUAACUUUGAUGCUAGUGUGGAGAUCCAAUCCAAGGACAAUAGUUUUAAUGCUGAAGGGAGAGAUGAUCAAAGCAAGGUCCCAGAAGAGAUGCAAUUACAGGUAGAUAAUUUGGAAGCUAUAGAGUGUGAACAUCAAAGCAAGGCAGCACCAGAGCUCGCUGAUACACAAGCAGAUAUAUUGGAACAUCUAGUGAGAGACUCUCAACGUAUUGUUCUUAUGCAGACCCAAUUUCAAGGGAAUGUUUUGGAAGCUAUGGAGGGAGAAGCCCAAGUCGAUGUAUGGACUCGAAUACAGGUGGAUAAUUUGGAAAUUAGAGAGAGAGAAGCUCAAAGCAAGGUACUGGAGCAGAUAGAUUUACUGGGGAGUAAUUUGGAAGCUACAGAGAGAGAGGCCAAAAGAAAUGUAGAGGACAAAUUACAGGGGGGCAAUUUGGAAGCUACAGAUAUAGACUCUCUAAGCAUGGUAACCAAGGAGACUCUAUUACGGGUCCCAAAUUUGGAAGCUACAAAAAUAGAACCUCAAAGCAUGGUACUGGAGCAAACCAAUUUGCAUGGGGAUAAUUUAGAAGCUACAGAGAGAGAAGCUGAAAUCAAGGUUCCAGUGCCACUGCCAACUAAACUACAGGGGGAUAAAUUAGAAGUCAAAGAUGGGGGCUGUCAAAGCCAUGUACCUGAGCAGAGCCCUUUGCGGGGGGAUGAUUUGGAAGAUACAUCGAGGGAGAAUCAAAGCAAGGAACCGCUGCAAACACAAUUAGACAUUGUUAAUUUGGAAACUCCAGUGUUGAAAGCUCAAAGCAAGGUUCCGGAAAUGGCUGAUAUUAAAUUAGAUGGGCAAGCUUCAGGAGGUAAUGAGCUUGUUAUUGUUGCUGAGGCAACUCAGUCUAGUAACCAGGGUUCCCUAUCAGAGGAACUUGGUUCCAAACCUAAUGAGAUUAUCACCGAUUCUGAUCAAAAUCACGGAUCAGUUUCUAUUGGUCAUGAUGCUGAAACACUCUCAUAUGCUUUUGAUGUCACUAAGGAUGUUGGUCUUCUGCUUGAACAAACUAAUUCUGUGAUGGAAGAGUCUUCAGAUGAGGGAGCCAUUGACACUGAAACUAAUAAGACACAAGUAGGAGGAGCUUCUGUUAUUGGAGGGGAUUGUCAAGUAGUCACUCAUGAUUUGGAAGCCAAAACGAAUCAAAGGGAGUCCCAGGAAUUUACUGGAAGGGGAAUGGAUAUGCAAGCUGAAGAUGACCAGAGAGGCAUCUUACAACCUUCUGUUCCCCCCUCAGUGUGCCAAUUGAGUGAGCAAGCUGAGGCAGAUUUGCCCAACUUGACUGAUACUCGUACGGCUGCACGAUCAGAUGAGCAUUCUUGCGAAAUGAUUGAUCUUUUUAAUUUCAAGCUCAAAAGUGCAGACAAUGGCAUUUGUGAUGUUGGUGAAGAGAGAAGAGAUAAUCCCGCAAGAUGCGAGGCACUUUCUACUGAAAUAGGUGUUGGUUGCAAGAUUGAAAGCGCAGACAUUGGCGUGUGCGAUGUUACUGAUGAGAGAGAAGUUAAUUGCACCAAUUUGAAUAAAAGUGAAGCACCACAGUCCACUGAAAUUGGCCGAAAUCUUGAGCUAGACACACAUAGUCCGGAGGCUAAUGCGCUUGCAGGUGUUGAUUCCGAGCUUGAAAGUGCAUGCUAUGUGGGGUCUGACGUCGUUGGUGAGAUAGCAAAUGACCCCUCCAAUUUGAAUAAAAAUGAAGUCCCAGAACCUACUGAAAUUGGCCAAGUGCUUGAGUCUGAUAAGCAUGGUCCAGAGGCUAGUGAGCUUGCAGCUGUUGGUUUCAACCCUGAUAGUACUGACUGUGCCACGGCUGAUGUCACUGAUCGGAGAGAUAUUAAGGUCACUGUGUUGAGCCAAGGCAAAGACCUGAAUUCUACUGAUACUGGUGGCAAUAUCAAAUUAGAAUACUGUAGUCCAGAGGCUAAUGCAGUUGCAGUCGUUGGUUCUGAGCUUGAAAGUGCGGACAAUAUCAUUUAUGAAGUUACUAAUGAUAAAGAAGAUGAUUCCACUAAUUUGAAUAAAAGCAAAGAGCCAAAUUCCACUGAAAUCAGUCAGGGUAUUGAAUUAGAAGAGUGUUGUCCGCCUGUUGAGCUUCCAGGGCUUCUUAUUGAAAACCCAACUGAAAUUCCAGAGUCUGUUGUUACUGAAGAGGUGGAAGCCCAAUUGGACCACCAUGAGUGUGAAAAAGUUAUUGAACAAAUUGAAGCUCAGGAAACCCGUCUAGAAGAAGCUGCUGUCAUCUAUCCUGAUAAUCUUGGUUCUGAAAUCACUGCAGAGAUCACGGCGACUUCUGAAGUUUCCGAGUCUGUUAAUGUAGAAUCAAGCAAUACAGAUUCCAUUUUAGCAGACACUGAAGGGCAAAAUGCCGCGAUAGAUGGCGGUGUUGGAGGUCAGGUUGCUUCUUUACCAGCGAUGGGCACAGAGGAUUCACAGUAA